AGAAACCCUCUUGUUGUCAUCGUCACCUGCGUGAGGCAGCGGGAGCUGAGCGAAGCCCCCUGGGGACACCAGGAGGGGCGGGCAGCCUUGGCCCCACGCGCUGCUCCGCGCUUCUCUGCGCAGCCCCCCACGAUGGCAGCGGGAUUUCACUAGGCGGGCGCGGAGAGGACACCAGGGGCGCCGGGGACACAGACGGGAGAGGCUUCUCAGCACUGCUGCCUGUCCUGUGAGGCGACAUGAGUCUCAAGGGAUCCCUCAGCAGCAAUCCUGGCUCAGCAAAUGGCAGCAUGGGCAAAGCAGAUGGAGCCGCCAAGCUGAGCGCAAAGGAUCUGUAUGAACAAAGGAAGAAAUACUCCAAUUCCAACAUCAUCAUGCACGAGACUUCACAGUACCAUGUCCAGCACUUGGCCACCUUCAUCAUGGACAAGAGCGAAUCCAUAGUGACAGUGGACGAUGCCAUUCGGAAACUCAUGCUGCUCAAUUCAAAGGAGAAGAUCUGGACGCAGGAGAUGCUGCUGCAGGUGAACGACAAGUCCAUUCGCCUGYUGGACUGUGAGUCGCAGGAGGAGCUGGAGGAAUUCCCUCUGCCCACAGUGCAGCACUGCCAGACAGUGCUCAAUCAGAUGCGCUAUUCCUCCAUCCUCCUCCUGGUGUGCCAGGAUUCGGAGCAGCACAAACCGGACAUUCACUUCUUCAACUGCGACGAGGUGGAGGCUGAGAUGGUUCACGAGGACAUAGAGAGUGCCCUGGCAGACCACAAGCAUGGAAAGAAGAUACGGCCACAGACGCUCAAAGCAAACCAAGAGAAGAUAAAGCAGAGACAGUCGAUCCUCCCACCGCCUCAAGGGCCAGCUCCCAUCCCCAUCCAGCACGACAUGCGAGGCUCCCCCAUGAACCGUAAUCGCGUGGUGCCGCCUUCCCAGCAUGAUCCAGACUAUGAACGACGAGGCUCCAGCUCUCAGGACCACGAAGAGUCCCGAGCUAUCUUGGCACAGAAAAUUGAAAAAGAAACGCAAACUCUGAACUGCACUCUGGAUGACAUUGAAGUGUUCGUUGCCAGGCUUCAGAAGGCAGCAGAGGCAUUCAAACAGCUCAACCAGAGGAAGAAAGGGAAGAAGAACAAGAAGAAAGGGCCAGCAGAGGGAGUGUUGACUCUUCGAGCAAAACCCCCAAGUGAGGCUGAGUUCAUCGACUGCUUCCAGAAAACCAAACUGGCUUUUAACCUCUUGGCCAAACUGAGAAAGCACAUCCAGAACCCAAGUGCUUCAGAGUUGGUGCAUUUUCUAUUUGGACCGCUGGAGCUGAUUGUCAAUAGCUGUGGUGGCCCUGAGCUUGCCAGGUCUGUCCUCAGUCCACUUCUUUCCAAAGAUGCCACAGAUUUCCUCAGAGGACACCUGAUCCCCAAGGAGAUGAGCCUCUGGGACUCCCUGGGAGAGACGUGGACCAGGUCCAGAGCUGAAUGGCCUCGAGAAGCAAAUAUCCCCAGCUACAUUCCCAAAUUCCGCAAUGGUUGGGAGCCGCCCAUGGAAAUCUUCCGUGGAGCUCCUUGGGAAAUAGACAUUGGACACUUGCAAGAAGAGCUCUCAUCGGCCAAUGGAUAUCCCUACCGUAACUCCUCGCUCAAGCGUGGCCAGCCAGCUGAUCAGACGCAGGCCGUGGAUGCCUUUAAGCAGAACGUAACUCAACAUGUAAAUAGGAAUUAUGAGGCCCAGGGAAUGGCCCCACCGAAGAGAUAUGCCAAAAUCCGCUACGAUUUCACUGCACGAAAUGCCAACGAACUCUCCGUGCUUAAGGAUGAGAUCCUGGAGGUGUUGGAAGAUAAUAAGCAGUGGUGGAAGCUGCUCAACCGGAGCGGGCAGGCUGGUUAUGUCCCUUAUAAUAUCCUGGAUGUGGUGAAACUGGAAGAACUUGAACAGUCUAAUCAGAGGUACAAAGGAGAYCUGAGCCCCAGGGGAUACGGACCAUCGAGCCCAACUCACAAGCUGCCCGCCAGCUACGCAGGGGACAAAUGGGGCAGUGAAAUGCUCGCGCGCAGCAAUCCACAGGACGCCAAAGAACAACUCAUGCACCAAAUGGAUGAACUGAAUGAUGAGCUGCUAAAGAAGAUCACAAACAGUAAAAUUCACCCCCCGACGAGGAAUUUCAAAGUGGAGAAACCUCAGCAAGUUCUUGUGCCCCUUACCUUUGAAUCUAGCGCUGAAGAAGUCAAAGCUUGGUUGGAGGCAAAGUCAUUCAGCAAAGGGACAGUGGAUCACCUUGGCAUCCUUACUGGAGCGCAGCUUUUCUCCCUGAACAGAGAUGAGCUAAAGAAAGUGUGUGGUGAUGAGGGCAACAGAGUGUACAGUAAAAUCACGGUGGAAAAAAAUCAGCUAGAGAAAAACAGAGGGGAGUCAGAGCUCCAAGAAAUCAUGAAGCGUCGCCAGGAGAGGAUUGAUUCUGCUAAUUAAAACUCUAUCUGCUUUUUUCCGCUAUUAGUCAUAGUAAUACACACACACAMAMAAAAAAAAGGGAAUGAAAGCAAUGGUCCCAAGUCCAGGCAAGAGACAGAAGUGCUCCACACUUAGCAGUGGAGUCAUUGCCAUCAGAGCGACAAUUCCUUGAACACUGUUGAUAAGGAUAGACACUAAGACCACAUCCCAUUGGGAAAGCUGUAUUAGUAUUGCAUGAAGUUUUUUUUUUUUAAUAUUAUAUAUAUAUCUAUAUAUUUUAUACUGAAAUUUUAUGUGCAUGCAGUCAGAGCAGACCAGAAUUCACACAAAUUUGAAUGUGCAGGAAGGAGCCCGCAAAGCUUUGAAUGGAGGGUGAUGUGUGCUCCCAGCUCCUUUCCUGGCAUUCUGUGCAGAACAAACCAGCCUGAACGCACAGAGCCUGGGACCAAAGAAAUAAGUCUUUUUUAUUGUUAUUAUUUUCCUCAUCUUUCAUUUCGUUUCAUGUGGCAGAUAUCCCUGGUAACCUACUAGCAGAGGCUGGUGGCUGUUUGCUCUCCUUCUGUUGUUGUCCCAUGCCAUGUUAGAUGAGGUUAGAAUUGCAAAGCAAAUUAUUCAAGACCUGGGCUGCUUUUUCAAAUACUGGUUACUGCUGCCUUUGGACAGCAGAAAAGGGGUUUUGCUGCAGAAUAAAGGGCAGGAUCUGAGCGAGGACUGAAGCAAUUGCAAAUAUCAGAGGAUGCUGAGGAGCUGAGGCUGCGGGCAGCUGUGCAGCAGAGUGUCUUGACACUAAUCCUGUAUCAGAAAGCUAUAGCAUUGCCAAAUGCAGGCCUCAAACAUCCAGAAAAUAACCCCCUAACAUUUGCUCCCCACCUUUAGUCACGCUUAAAGCCACUGCCAGGGCCAUGACUCAUCCUCACCUUCACAUUUGACUUGCAAAGAGCAUUCUGAGGGGUUUGCUAAACACUAAGAAACUACAUAGCACUUGGAAUGGCUGCUUUAAUAUGAAACAUCAACAUGACAAACAUGGAAAAUAUUUUCUAACUUAGUAGAUGCUGUUGUUCCUCACUUCCUUUAUUUUUUUUCCUUAUUAAUGGUGUGUGCAUGUGUAUAUAUCCAUCUAGUAACAUACAUGUUUGGACUCUUACAAUCUAUAAAUAGAGACAGAGGGAAAACUGUAAGGAGCAACUGUGCAGAAGUCACUUAAGCAAAGUUUUAAAAGCAACAGUAGAUUUCUUGCCCCAUCACCAUUGACACAGUGUUUACGCAAUAUCUGUGUUUUCCUUACAGAGCCACUUGAUAAGAGCACAGGAAAGCGUAUAUACAUUUACAGGAACUGCUUGCAAACYGCAAAGCCUUCAUCUUUCUCCCUCACACAUGAACUCGGAAUAACUCCAGGGGGAAUUUUGGCCCAGACUUAGGCACAUGCAGGGACUUUACAUGCCAGGAACAGUCCCACCUCCUCUGGAGAACACAGUCACCCUCUUGACAAGUUAGGMCUGUGCUUAAGUCUUUGCACAACUGAGGCCAGUGCUUACAUGUUUAAUGGACAAAGCUGUGAAACUGUAAAGCAGUGGCUUGGGAACGGCCACUUGUUUUAACUAGAGAACGCUGGUGCAUCUCUUGAUUUUGGCCUGUUUUCCCCCACAAAAGUAUAUAUAUAUAUGUAUACACACACAUAUAUAUAUGGUAGUGGAUAAAGUAUUUUCUUAAGCUUUAAUGGGACCGUUUUUAUCACAGGUGGAAUUAGGGUAUGGGUAGGAAACUUGUAAAGAGUAGGAAACUUGUAAAGAGAGCGGUGUUUUUAGUCACAUCCCUACUAGCUUGCCAUGGUGGCUGGAAAUGGCAAAUUUGGUCAGGGAGAAAUGAAUGCAAAUGGCAAAUUUGCUUGGGGAAGAAUGAAGAGGACUGUCCUCCUGAAAAGCCCCGUCUCCGCAUUAGGGGGCAAACAGGUGUGAACACUGGCAAAUCAUUGGUGUCAUGAGCACAGGAGGCUAAAUUCUUUCUCAGGUUAAAAUAAAGGCCAAUGGUGAGAUGAAAGGUACGGCAUCAUUCUUGUUUUUCUUUUUUCUUUUUAAAAUAUAUGUAUAAAGAAGAAGAAAUCAGAUUUAUAGCUACUUGGAUUACAAUAGCAACACAUCUGGCCGUUCAGGUAAAGCUGGGAACCCCAGGAACCGCUCGUGAAAACAUUAAGUGAAAACGUUGAGUAAAUCUC